UCCGCGGGGUCACUAGUCACGCCCCGUUUCCGCUAGACCACGCCCAUCCAGCUAGCGUCGCCGCCCAUGCCCCUGAUGACGCGUGACGCACGUCCAAAAAAAAAAAAAAAAACGUCUGUUGUUAUUCCGCGAUCCCAAGAUGGCGUCUAUCAUGGAGGGUCCGCUGAGUAAAUGGACGAACGUGAUGAAAGGCUGGCAGUAUCGCUGGUUCGUGUUGGACUACAACGCCGGGCUCCUCUCUUACUACACGUCAAAGGACAAAAUGAUGAGAGGAUCUCGGCGCGGCUGCGUCCGUCUCAGGGGGGCCGUGAUUGGUAUCGACGACGAGGACGACAGCACCUUUACGAUCACCGUCGACCAGAAAACCUUUCACUUUCAGGCCCGGGAUGCAGAUGAAAGAGAAAAGUGGAUUCAUGCAUUAGAAGAAACCAUCCUGCGACACACUUUGCAGCUUCAGGGUGUGGAUUCGGGAUUCGUACCAAGCAUUCAGGACUUUGAUAAGAAGCUUGCCGAGUCAGAUGCUUAUCUUCAGAUCCUAAUAGAUCAGAUAAAGGUAUUUGAUGACAAAAUCCAAAACUGCAAAGAUGAUGAACAGAGGAAGAAAAUUGAGAAUCUCAAGGAUACCACAUGUAGCAUGGUAGAAUCCAUCAAACACUGCAUCGUGUUGCUGCAGAUUGCAAAGGACCAAACUAAUGAGGACAAGCACGCAGAUGGACUGAUAAGCACCAUAAAUCCUGUGGAUUCGAUUUAUCAGCCAAGUCUAUUGGAGCCUGCAGUGAUUCGCACUAUGCCAACUCAAACCGUUCCAAUGCCAGAAACUGUCCAGGUUGGUAAAGGAGAGCCGCGCCCAUCCUCAUUGGCUGUUGGGUCAGUAGGGGGCACCCUUGCCAGUCACCAGACUCCAACACCCAACAGCACAGGAAGCGGUCAGUCUGUUCCCAGCAGUAGUCUGACAACCCCCAGCCAUGUCAAUCUGUCUCCUAAUACAGUUCCGGAUUUCUCCUACUCCAGCAGUGAAGAUGAAUUCUAUGAUGCUGAUGAGUUCUACCAGAGCACUUCGUCCCCAAAACGAUGCAUGGAACUUCUGUCUAGCUGCUCGUCGGAGUCUGCGGCAGCCCUAACGCACAGCAGCACGGGGACCAGUCUGAAGAGGCCGGACACUACAGAAUCCCUCAAUUCCUCCAUGUCAAAUGGGACCAAUGAUCAGUUUGACACUCAGGAUGAUCGUGACGAUGAUGGGGAAGGAGAAUCGGUGGAGGAGCACAAGAGCGUUAUCAUGCAUCUCCUGUCUCAGGUCCGCUUGGGCAUGGACCUCACUAAGGUUGUUCUCCCAACAUUUAUCCUUGAAAGAAGAUCUUUGCUGGAGAUGUAUGCUGAUUUCUUUGCGCAUCCAGACCUGUUUGUAAGUAUUGGUGACCACAAAGAUCCCAAAGAUCGGAUGGUUCAGGUGGUCAGAUGGUACCUGUCUGCAUUCCAUGCUGGCAGAAAGGGCUCUGUGGCAAAGAAGCCUUACAAUCCCAUCCUAGGAGAAGUCUUCCAGUGUCAUUGGGACCUACCGGGACAGGAAAAUGAAGACACUGAGACGGUUUCUGAAGGACCAGUUCCUUGGGCUUCCAAAAAUAAUGUGACUUUUGUGUCCGAGCAGGUCUCGCACCAUCCCCCAAUUUCAGCCUUUUAUGCCGAAUGUUAUAACAAGAGGAUACAGUUCAAUGCCCACAUUUGGACAAAGUCCAAAUUCUUAGGGAUGUCCAUUGGAGUCCAUAAUAUAGGGCAAGGUUGUGUUUCCUGUUUAGAUUAUGAUGAACACUACAUCCUAACUUUCCCCAAUGGUUAUGGGAGGUCCAUACUCACUGUGCCUUGGGUGGAGCUGGGAGGAGAAUGCAACAUUAAUUGUUCUAAGACUGGAUACAGCGCCACUAUCACCUUCCAUACCAAACCCUUCUAUGGUGGCAAGAAGCACAGAGUAACAGCGGAAAUCUACCCUCCCAAUGACAAGAAAUCUUUCUGUUCGGUGGAAGGAGAGUGGAAUGGCGUCAUGUAUGCCAAAUAUGCAAAUGGGGAGAAUGUAGUUUUUAUAGAUACCAAGAAAAUGCCUACAGUGAAGAAGAGGGUUCGGAAGUUGGAAGAUCAGCAAGAAUAUGAAUCUAGAAGGUUAUGGAAAGAUGUAACCUUAAACUUGAAAAUCAGAGACAUCGAUGCAGCCACAGAGGCCAAGCACAGGCUGGAAGAGAAGCAGCGAGCGGAAGCAAGGGAACGCAAAGAGCAGGAAGUACAGUGGGAGACACGGCUCUUCCACGAGGAUGGAGAGUGCUGGGUCUUCGAUGAACCAUUAUUGAAGAGACAGCCUUCCCUCAGGCUUUAAGCGGCUUACAGAACUAUUGUAGCAGAACCUCUUCUCUAAACAAAAGUAUCAUCUGAAGCCCAGAAAGGAAGGUAUUAUCACAUUUUUAGAUAAAGAUCUUCCCUGUGGUGCUGAGAGCCCCUUUACACUGCAGCGGUUCCUUACUCAGGGAUACUGGACUUCUACAGAAUGACAAUUCAAGCAGGGCAUGGUGACCCGCCAGCAUUGCGUUCAUUGUUCACUGUUCACACUUUUAAGAAAAAAAAAUAAAAAAAAAUCAAAGUCCUGUUUUUUUGUUUUCCCAUCCUGCUUUAAAUGUACAUGUGCCCCGAUGGCUGUGAAGGCAGCCGUUCUAUGAGGCUGUAUUCUCAUCAUUGUCCAGCUAUCAUCUCAUUCAUGUCUGACAUCAACACAUCUGGGGAGAACAGUGUUUCCAAACCAGGGUGCCUCCAGCUGUUGCAAAACUACAACUCCCAGCAUGCCCGGACAGCCGAAGGCUGUCCGGGCAUGCUGGGAGUUGUAGUUUUGCAACAGCUGGAGGCUCCCUGGUUGGGAAACACUGGGGUAGAAUAUUGGUGUGGCCCACAUAAUGGCUGCCUCCAUUGUAUGUUGGCAACAAGUGCACUUUAAUGUAAAGAACUGGCCUGGGCAACUAUGUAAAAUGCAUUGUAAAGAAGUAUAGCCCAGGCGUCCAUUCUUCUGAUAAUUACAGGAUCUGAUGACUAUCCUAUAUCAAAAUGCAUUUUUCAUUUCCUCUUGUGUAUAUAAUAAGAAUCUGGCAUUUUAAUAUACAUAACAUGUAAUUCCAAAAAUUAUAUAACUUUACUUUCAGCAUUUAUUCUCUGUCUCCACCCCCCCCCCCCCCAAUACUCUCAGUGUAAAACCGCCAUUUCCAUCCCACCAACUCCUCCACAUUUAGUACUUUUUUUUUUCCCUCCCCAUCAUCCUUAAAUCUGGUCUUGCCUUUGUAUUUAUUUAUUUCCUAAUAAAAUGUUAGAGCAAAUUAUUUUAUUAGAUCUGCAUUUAUGAUUUGCAAUUAAAAUCUAAUCUUCAGAAAAUCUUUGU